CAGCUCCUACAAGCGUGGGGCAUCACACACGCGCGUCACGAUUGUCGUGCGGGCCCUCGCUUGCCCCGCUUGCAAAAUGGUGCGUCGGACGAUCAAGCACAAUCCCGCCUUUGGCGUCGAGUGCGACUGCUGUCCGCCAGGCGGACUGUCCUUUCUCCCCGCACACGCAAAGCUGCAGAACCAGGUUAUCCCAGCACGGCUGGCGCCGGCGCAGCGCGUCGCAUUCCUCAUGGGAGCCUCGAACACGUCGGCGCCGCGCCUGGCGGAGGAAUGCGUGCGGCCACUGCGGUGCCUCCCUCUCGAGGCGAUCCGGCGCAUUUUUGAGCUCUGCGAGGAGAGGAGAGCAUUGCCGCUCGCGCGGCGGCCGCCGCCGAGGCUAAAGCCUGCUGCGCCGCGGCACGGCGGCCUCGGGCCACGGAAUCCACGCGACCCACUCGUCGCCGACGACAUCGGGCUCGGCGCUCUGUCAUUACAGUGCGGGCCGUGCUGAGUAUCUUGGACGCGCUUGCUGCAUUGUCCGGCACGGCGGCCGCGCUCACCGGAACCAUAGAGCACCGGACACGUGCCGCCCCGCGCAAUGUACGCGCACGUCAGUCAUGUACCUCUGCGUCCUCGGGGAAUUGCAGACAACCGCGUGAUCGUGUGGAAAUAAAUAGACGCAAAAAA